UUGCUUUUCAAUUAGACGAGGGAUUUGUUCAUUAAAUCGAUGGCUUCUGAUGCGAUUGCGAACUCCUUGUCUCUUUGGACCUUCUUCAAUAUCCUCGAACUCAAGCAGCAAAGCAUAGAGGUCUUGGAACUUGCUGCGCAGGAAGCUGGAUAUGAUAGGGCACUAAUAGCUCGAUUGGCCCUAAAGCCUGGGAAGAUUUCUUCACUUGCAAAAUCUAUGCGUCAGCUUGCGGACAUGGACGAGCCCAUUGGCCGUGUCUUGCAGAAAACAGAGGUUGCAGAUGGACUUAUCUUAGAGAAAGCGACUUGUCCCUUGGGUGUACUUCUGGUUGUUUUUGAGUCCCGAACUGAUGCCCUUGUUCAGGAUUUCUUAAAGUAGAACAAUACUAGAAAGUUUUGUAGUAAGUAUUUGGCACUGAAGUGGCAACCUAUGUUUGUGGGAGUUUUGUAUGAGGUACAUUUGCUAUUGAUCCUCUUGCUAGUUGUGAAUAAGGCUGUAAGUCUUAAUUAUAGCCAAGUUUGUUGUUAUCAUAUAUCAAAUUGUUUUACAAUUAGAUGAUGUCUGAAUAGCAUAGUUGACCUAAUGCUUCUGUAUGUCUUAGGCAAUAGGCAUAUAUACCAUUCAUGUAAGCUAGUUGUAGGAAUAUAUGAUUGAUAACUUGUCAGUUAUCCCGAGUUAUAUAUAUUGACUGCAACUUCUCAUUAAUCUGUUGUGCAUUAUCUUUCUUGAAUCUAGAUCAUAGUAUAUGCUCAUGUGCCCUUUUGUUUGUGACUUAUUAUUGUCAUGAAAACCCUUCUUUGGAACAGUCGUGUUUGACUGUUUGUGUUCCCUUCAUAUUGUUCACAACAAGACAGGAUGAUUUAAAAGGUAAAAAUAUCAAUGAGUAGUUAUAAAAGUUUAUGGUCCCUGAUACGGUUCCAUCAAGUGAGCAUAUAUGUUAUGUGGUUAAUGUAAUGUUUGUGACUCUGUAUUGAGUUCAACUAAUCUUCUUCUGAACUUCCAUCAACAUACAUAGGUUCAUUGGGAAUCUUGAUCUUUGUGGCCAACAAGUUCAGAAGCCCUGUUGAACCUCACUGGGAUUUCUCGUUGUAUUACCACAUGUGGCAAGUGAUGAAGCAGCAUGUAAGUUAGGGUUCCAUGUUAUUUGCGUAGGAAUGUAGGAAUGUGU